AUGGGCAAGAUGUGUCCACCCAAGAAAUCGCGGGCUGAGGCUGAAGCACCCAUCGUGUUCGCAAGCAGCCUACUCAACGUUCUGGACGUCCUGGUGCUGGAACAGGAGGUAGACCAGCCCAAAGGCUCCACCUCCCUCGACUCUAGUAUCCCUACCAAUCCGCUUGCUCCAGAACCGCCUCGCAAGAGAGGCCGGAUGAAGAAGCCCCCUCCACCAUAUAGUGCCUCUGGCAAGCCGAUGGAUUCUGCGCCUUCGAGACCACAGGGGGAAAAAGCUACAGUGGCGAAGAAACCUGCUCCCGUUGCCUCAACUGUCGAGUCCAUGGAUUCUGCGCCUUCGAAACCACGGGGAAAAAAAGCUACAUUGACGAAGAAAACUACUCCCGUUGCCUCGACUGUCGAGCCCCCAAACCUCCAACCCAGUUUCGUACAUCGUGAAGCGGGUGCACGCUUUGGUUUUUCUCAGUUCAUCGUUCCCCCUGGUACAGAGCCUGACCUGCAGGCACUCAACAACCCUUUUGUGGCUGCAGCCAGGGAGAAGCAGGCUCUUUCAGCAGGUCUAGCUGCACGUCAGCCUGAUGCUAACUCAGACUUAUUCCAGAACCUGGAUCCUACCCUUCGGCCAGUCAACAACGGACCGCAAGAUUCAGGAGCUGAAAGCACGGAGACAUCUAGUGAGGGUGGCGAUGGAAAUACUGACGACGACGACAACGACAACGACACGACGAACGACGACAACGACGACGACAACGACACGACGACAACGACGACAACGACGACGACGACGACGACGACGACGACGACGACAACGACGACGACGACGACGACGACGACGACGACGACGACGACAACGACGACGACGACGACGACGACGACGACGACUACGACGACGACACGACGACGACGACGACGACGACGACGACGACGACGACGACGACGACGACGACGACGAAGAUUGAAGUUGGCUGGGGAGCAGCGCAGGGGGCGUUUCUCAAAAGAAGAUUUACCGUCUCAACCCCAUGUCGCUCGUGCUCUUCCAACCGACUUCGAUUUUCAAUAUUCACGUGAUGAAGGUGACAUUAACGCAGAAAGAUCUUUGGCAGAUGAUAUCUCCAGUACUGAUGAUACCACGACCAAGCCGGCUGAACCUAAGCCAGAUGAUGUCUUACAGCGCCACCACCAGAAAAAUGGACGCCCUCGACUUCCUGAUCCACAAGUUCUUGACCUCCUACGUCACGCCGAGACAAAAGUCUUCCAAGUCAAAGGACAACAAACAGCCACUCAACUAGGCUGGUAUGGUCCACGAUGGAAAAACUUCCUUGAGGUUACGAAGAGCGAGUGCCGCGCCCAACACGCGAUAGAGAACCCAUUCCCCAAACUAGCGAAAGAUUUGACAGGUUCCAUCAAUGAGAUACUCAUGGCUUCGCUCGUCGAAUGGCUCGAGGGUGGUCAACAAGUCGAAGAGGGUAUUUGGCCUGAUCGCAAGCAUGAUAUGGCAAAACUGCUGUAUGAGGAUUUAUCAACGUGGCGCUCGGACCUCAAGAAGACCGUUGCCAGUAUUGUGCCCUCCAUGUACGACCUCAUACCUCCAUCUCAUGUCCCACCCCAACAACGUGCUGCCUGGGUUGAAGAAGCUGCCACGGAGUUGCUCAAAGACGCUAUUUUCUUACGCAACGGUGUAGAUGAAAAUGGGAAAACCGAAAACGCCUCUCAUCCUGUGCUCCGCGAGGCUUCUAUCUCUUUCUUCUAUACAGGGUCUUACUGUGUUGCUCGCAGGAGACCUGAGGUCUUCCAGAAGUCUUUACCGCUAGAGUGCUUGGCACUGGUUUGCACCGCGGUUAAUUGUGUCCUAGAUGGCUUUGCUAAGAACGGCAGCGGAAAAUCAUUUCCGAAGUUCACCGCAAAGGAAUACUCUUCUUUGUAUACUGCUAUGCUCACUAACCUGGAAUCGAUCAUGCGUGACCCUUACCAUGGACCGAAAUUAGCGCGGCAACUUCGUUCCUGGGCUGCAGCUGGAUGGCAAGGAGUUUUUGCUUUCGAAGUAUUGCAUGCUGAUGAAGUUCUCACAGGGCGGAGUCCUACAAAGUCGACGGCAAUCUCCCUUCCUUGGUUGACAAGUGACCACGAGAAAAUCUCCAGCUCCUCCAUACUCGAGCGCAAGGUCAACACCACCAUCGAAGUCUUAUGCGAUGGAAUUCCUGUCGAAUUUGCAAGUGUUCUCAUCUACAUGUGCUCUCUUGCAUUCUCGGAAGACCCUGACUAUGAACAUCUUCGUUCAUUGCUUUGUGGUCUUCAAGCCACCUUGGCUGCGCCAUCUACAUGCUCACUGGAUCUCAGCAUGCCUGAUGAUCACAUCAUACAUCUGUCAGACAUCAGACGUCUCUCAUCACCCUCUAAUCUCCAAUAA